AUGAACUCGAACGUUGCUAGGUGCGAGCUGGGCCAGCAUCGAUACGACCGCACAAGAUGGGGCAGUCAGUACACUGAAGCACCGCAUGCAUCUCUACCGUACGCCUUCCCUGAGCAGCCUGUCGCGCACCUCGCAGAAGGCUUCGAUCAAUUGUCGCUCAGGAAGAUACCCAAGACACGCACGUCUCCAAUAGCCACACGCACCAAGAUCACACGCCAUGGCUCGCACAAUGGGCCCGCAAGACCCUCUUCUAGCGGAGGGGAACCGAGCAUGCCCCCGCACCGAUACCCCUCCGCUGGUCGAUCCACGUCGUACUCGCAGCCUACGCCUCUUGAGGAGUUUCGCGCGUCGAGGAUAUGGCCUCCACGCGGAUACAGACAGGACGAGGCGCUCGAAGCGCGGGAGGCUGAAGAGCUCAUAUGCGCUGGGACAAGUACAUUCCAGGGACAUGCGUACAAAUCACACAAUGCGCCGGCAGGGUACAGCCAUUUCUAUGCUGUACUGGACGGCGAACACCAGAGCAGGACAGACCGCGCGCCCUUCCCGACGAGCGCCUACAGGGACAUGUCGCUGGACUUGGUUGGCACAUCUGAGAACCAGUCUCCAUGGGCGUCUUUGGAGCAACCGAAUAUGGCAUACGCUUUUGGUAAGAGCGCAGGGACUACCACACUCAAUCACUGGACAAGCAAGUCUUCUAGUACACCACCGAAGGUCGAGCGCACUGGCACGGCGGUACCUAGGAAGAUGAAGCUGUUGCAGAUUUUGGAUCGGCUACAGCACCUGGAAGCAGGGCUUGGAGAAGAUGAUCCGGAUGAGAUGCAACGGUACCUCUACAGCACGCUUAUUGAAGACCCCGCACACCUUGGUGGACGCCCGUUCAUGAGCAUGGAGCAGCAGAUCCAGGACAUUAUUGAUAUCCUGAUGAAUCCGCAGUGGCUAGACUUCUCAAACCCAAGGAACCAGGUCGUGGCUAAGUGGUUUGACUCACCGGAUCAGCGUAAGAAGCAGGAUUUCUUCCACCAGUUGCUGCUCUCUGUUGAGUUAUACCUGCGUAUACAGUCAUCGCAGUACAAUAGCAAGUACAAGCGGAAACUCAUACUCGAGCUACACCCCGCGGUCGCUUGGGAUCUGGCUGUUGCGCAGCGGUGGCUAGAGAACAUGUCUAUCACGAAGAAGCGCGAGUCCAAACAGCAAAGCACAUUCAGUUUUCAGCUCAAGAGCAAGAGCAGGCAGAGAGAGGCUUUACGGAAGUUUGCGGAGACGCUGAAAUGGCCCAAUAUGGAUGAGGUCGAGUACAUCCUAGAAGAGGAAGAUGCGAAUGAGAGGGCUCUCGAGGACCGCUCGGCGGACGCCAUGUCCUGGUUCUCAGGCAUCAUUCUCCCAGGCAGGACUUUGCCAUGGCUGAUCAUGAACAGCUUGAUAGACUGCGACCGCGACACCGGUCAUGCUCUCAAGUACCUCACCCAUAUGCAGCCAGCAUCAGGCUUUCAAUAUCGCGCAAACACAUACUGGUCGACAUCCUGCAUCGUCGGCAAGGUCCUCGGGGCUGCGCGAGGCGUCAAACAAGUCGCCGGCUGGGUGGGACCAUGCAUCUUCACACCUGACCUGAAGCGCACCGAAUGCAUCAAAGUCAAGCAAUACGAAUCUCCGGACCCACGUUUGACCGAGCACGAUGUCGUAUCGAUGGAAGAGCGCACGGGUCCGCUAGGUCCAAUCGACGAGACGUAUCCGGUGGAUGACUACGAGGUCCCCAUGCCAGACACAGAGGACGUGACAGAUCUCAUUCGGAUCGAGAAGCUCGCCUUCCUGCCUGCAAAAGAACAACCUUCUAGUGCGAGAAAUCUCCCUGGUGCACCGAUGCUCUUCGAUGCUGCGAUUCAUUUUGCGUGCGGUGGGAGCAGUUGGCCCCUAAGACUGAAGUACGAUGUCAGCUUCAUCAACGCUUUCCCAUGCCACCAGGGUCCACACGUUCUCUUCUACGAUUUCGCCUACACAACCAAAGCCGUCGACGAAGGCCUGAUCGACCUGCACGACUGGGGUACACAGAGCGGGCGCCUGAAGCGCCCCUCACCUCGCUCGAGCCCUAAAAAACUAGCUCUCGAGAAACCAAUUCCGGCGCACGAACAAGUCCAGAAGGUGCUGGCGAUCGAGGCGCUGGGUGUCAGUGAUAACGAGGUCUUUGCCAGAGCGUGGUGUGCGCAUCAUGGGUUCAGUGCGGUUGUGGCGAAUGUUAAGGAGACGUGUAUGGCGUGUGCGAUUCGGGAGGCGUAUGCGGCGUGUGUUAGUGUGGUUAUACUCACGGAGGGUGGGAAGGAGAGGGAGAGUGAUUCUUGA